CAAACUAGCGAGGUGGCAUUUGACCUACUGAAAUCAUAGCUAAAAAUAUAUUUCCAUAGAAUAGUGUAGAAAUCUUACAUAUUUUCAUACCACUGGUCAGCAAGAUGGCGCAAGAAAGACCAAGACAGAGAACGAAAAGGAAAAAGUCCUUUACAGAUGCUUUAAAACAGAAAUAUUGUGUGGAUGAAAGCUCAGAAAAUAUGUCGGGAUUUGUGAUUGAAAUUGCAUUUCAUGGUAAACCAAAGACGAGUGGUUCAGAUGCCGAAUUGGCUUACUUGAGAAAUGUGAUUUUAAAUAACAGUGGUGUAUGGAAGGCAGGCCUCCCACAUGAAGGACUGAAGUCUUUAUGUCCUAAUGUUGUGGACUUAGAUUUGUCAGACAACUAUCUGCAUGACUGGAGUGAUGUUCUGGAACUUCUUACACAGCUUCCAUGUCUGAAGUUUGUCAACAUUGCUAGAAAUCCUUUAAAAGAUGAGUGUUCAGCUUUAGAGAAAUGGAGCACAACUUUACCCAGUAUAGAGAAUCUGGUAUUGAAUGGUACUAUGGUGUCCUGGUCAGAUAUACUUAACCUGUCCAAGAAUCUCCCAUCACUUAAAGAACUACAUGUUUGUGCAAAUGAUUUUGACAAAGUAACCUGUAACAACACAGAUGUAGCACAGAAUCUGCCUAAUUUACACUGUCUCAGGAUGAACAAUAACAGAAUACAAAGUUGGGAAGAGAUCUGGAAAUUGAGACAUUUACCACAGUUACAGUCCCUGAUAUUGUCAGAGAACCCUCUACAGAAUUUGUCUUAUGAGCACAAAGAUGAUGAUGUCACUGAUUUGUGUGUAUGUGAUCAGAAUAAAGAUAUGAAUGGUAAUGUUGAAAUCCAAAAUGAGAUUCAAAACAUUGUUAAUAAUCUGGUUCAUGACACAUUUAGAAGUGUAGCAACAGAAGAAAUGCAGAUGGGAAGUUUUGAGGACACACUUUAUGUUCCAGAGGAGGAGGAGAAUGUAAUAACAUCACAUGACACAGAAACCUUACCAGACUCAGAAAAUGAUAGUCACAUGGGAGAAAUGGAACAUGACAAGGGAGACAACUCAGAAUGUGAAAUAUUUGAUAUGUCUAUUGAUGAAAGCUCUGACAGUCAUGGAAUUGUUUGUUCCAGAUGUGGAAAAUUUAAAAAAGACAUUUUAGGAACAAAACCUUUCUCCAACUUGUCCAGUUUAUGUCUGAGUCAAACAAAAUUGGGUGAUUGGAAAUACAUUGAAGCCCUGAGUAGAUUUCCAUCAUUAAAGUCAGUUCGAGUUAUGGAUAUAGACUUGACUACAAAACUAAGUCAAGAUGACAGGAGGAAGCUUCAGAUAGCAAGCCUUCCAAAUAUAAGCAUUCUGAAUGGUAGUGAGGUGACCGUGAAUGAAAGAGAUAAGGCAGAAUGGCAUUAUCUAAGAUUCUUUAUGGACAAUCCAAGUAAACCUCCAAGAUAUUUUGAGUUGGAGAAAAAGCAUGGAAAGCCUAAACCAUUACGAAACGUAAUGAUUUGUCCCAGGGGUUUCCAGGAAUGGAUCAAUCUUACACUUGUUUAUAAGGACCAGAUGAUAACAUCCAGAGUAAGAGUUGUAGAACCUGUUGGCAAGCUUAGAUUGUUUGUUGCCAAGAAGUUUUGUUUGUAUGCCUCAGUAAAAAAUUUCAAGAUGUUUCAUCUAGCAUGUGGCCCUUACCAUGAUGAUGAAAAUAAAGUCUUUGAGGAAUUAUCAAGUAGAUGUGAAAAUCUACCAAUGAGCCGAUUUGACAUCAUGGAGGGAGAUCAAGUUCAUAUUGACCUUGACGAAGAUGAUGACUUUACCAAAGAAAAGGGAUUCCUACAUUACUUAAUGCUGGGAUCAUAUGUGGACAAGGGUGAUGAGGGUAAAACUCCAAUUCAGAAUACUCCACCCAAGAAUAUUGCAUUUGUUGUGAAAUGAUUGACAUAACUUCUACAACAUUGUAAAGCAAUAGUGCUUAUUUAUGAAUGUACAUUAAAAGUUCUCCAUUCCUACAAAACCUAGCUUAAGAGAGACUCAAAUACAAUAUU